CUACAACGUGUUUUUAUCGCUGGCUGUCCAGACGGAAGGUGCUGAAACGCUUUGUCGCGUGUCUGGAAGAAGUGAAAACUUUCCUGGGCAGCAAAGGGCUCACCUUUCCUGAGCUGGAACAGCCAGAGUGGCUGGAAAAGCUACACUUCAUGGUAGACAUGACAGCGCACCUGAACACGCUGAACACAGCUCUUCAGGGGAAAGGACGUACAGCCCUGCACAUGUUGGAGGAUGUUUUGGCAUUCGAGCGCAAGUUGACAGUGCUUGCCAGAGAUUUACAGAAAGGCACUUUGUCUCACUUCCCCAAUUUGAGAGAGUUCAAACAAGGUCACGACAUGAUAAUUUCGGAGUAUUUACAUUCUGCAAUCAUCGCAAUGCAAACAUCGUUUGGGAAACGCUUCUGUGAGUUCAGAGAGGAAAAAAACACAUUAUCCUUCCCGGUCACUCCCUUAAGCAUCGAUCCAUCCCUACUGAAUACGACUGCAUUGGCAGGUGUGAGUCAACCUGAUCUUGAGAUGGAACUGGCCGACAUAGCCGACAAAGACAUAUGGGUGUCCAAGUUUAGACGCUUGACAGCAGACCUUGAAGAUGUUGCCCGUCAGAAGGCCGUUCUUGCUCAGAAACACAAAUGGAGUGAUAUUGAAAACCUCACAGAUGACAGCUUGCGAUCCUGUGUAAAGAUGAAGGUGACAUCAUACAGCCCUGAUGUGCAGACGCUGUGCGCUGAGGUCCAGGAGCAGAAAUCCCAUUAACCAAGAUGACAGCUGGCUGACGUUAUUUUUGGUUUGCUGCUGGCGGAAAAUUUAAGUUUGGCGUUUUUCAUAAAUACAAGAAGGACUCAAAUAGACAUUGAAUAUUUUACUUAAAAGUAACUUUCAACCCAACGUCUUUUUUUCGGAGUUCAAAAUGUUUUUGUUGCAUGCAGAAAUGUAAUUUCGUUUUCUCUGCAGGAGUUCAUCAAUUUCAUAAAUGCAACACAUUAUAGUUUGUUUAUACAUAGCAUAAAGGCAAAA